GGUUUGCAGGGGCCCCAACCCCGGCAUCUCCGCCGCGGAAUAUCAGUCUGCCCGCCUGUGGGAGGCAGAUUGCUGGCAGACACACAGCAUCGUCCCCUUUGCCACAGCUUAGCGAGCCCCCAAGACCACAAAAAGUCUGACUCACUACCAAUUCACCAAGUCCAUAGCCAGCCACCCAAGCUGGCGCCCCGCGAUGCCCGUGCAAGCCAAGAAACAAGGAGAUGGAGAAAACACAGUGUCGGCGGCAAAGCUCGCCGAGCACCUCCGCUUUGUGCGCCAGCAUUCACCCUUCUAUGCGUCUAGUUGGAGCGGCGCCGAUGUCCCCGAGGAGGUUGAGGCGCCAGACCUGCUCAGUCGCGUCCCACUGGUCGACCACAGCGCGUAUUGGAGGGCCAACACAUCUCGGGGGAGUCGAGUUCUGACUGGGCCGCAUGAGGACGGCAUCAUCUUCAAAACGGGAGGAACGACGAGCAGCCCCAAGGUCACCUUCUACAGCCAUGCCGAGCUGCUAAACGUGUCGUUUCAGUUUGCCGAGUGCCUCGUGCAAUGCGGCGUCGUCAGGGGAGACCGCGUGGCCAACCUGUUCUACGCCGGCGACCUUUACGGUAGCUUCCUGCUGCACAUUCUCUCCGUCUUCCACAUGGGCCAGCUCCCCGGCCUGCAAGGAGCCAUUCAGGUGCCCAUUGCCGGCCACGUCAGCAUCCCGUCCAUGGCCGGCUACAUGACCGAGCUCGAAACCACUGUGGUCCUGGGGACCGUCACCACCAUGUGCAAAAUUGCCGAGCACCUAACGGCCACCGACCCAGAGACGGGGGAGCAGACGCACGCUGCAGAGGCGGCCGCUAUCGCCAGCAAUGUCCGCGUGCUGCUGUUCGCGGGAGAGCCUCUCUUCGACGACCAAGUCGCCGUGCUGCGCAAGGCCUUUCCCCGUGCCGAGGUCCGGUCCAUUGUCUAUGGCUCCAUGGAAUGUGGCGCCAUCGGACUGCCUCCCGCGGGCCUGCCGGGCUCCAACUCUCUCUCGUCUUCCGAAAAGAUGGACCCGCGUCUACACGUGGCAAACAGAAAAUACAACGUCAUCCUUGAGAUCAUGACCGAGGACGGCCGCGUGACGACGACGCCAGGCGAGGUGGGCAGCCUGGUGGUGACGAACCUCAACCGCCGCCUCAUGCCCGUCGUGCGCUACCCGUCGGGCGACCUGGGGUGCUGGGUCGAUUUUGAGUCUGGCCUGUUCCGGCUGCUGGGCCGGGACAGGCUGGCCCUCCGCAUCGGGCCCGUCUCGCUCGACUUCUUGCACCUGCGCCAGAUUGUCACCUCUGCCCUCGGCCCCGACAGGGCCAUCGCUGGCCUGCAGGCCAGGGUGUCGAGAGUGGACUCCAAGGACCUGCUGACGGUCCUUGUGGCAUACAGGCCAGCCACCGCCGCAGAGGAGGUUGGCUUGAGAAACGUGGUUGCUGCCGCACUCGAUGAGGCGCGGCCCAUGUUCCAGGGCCACGUCCGAGACGGGCUGAUCAGCCCCCUGCACGUCGAGUUCGUCAGCACCGACGCGCUGGCGGUGAGCGAGAGGACGGGCAAGGUAGUCGACGUCCUAGACACAAGACCCACGGCGGUCUAACAGGGUUGGAGGCUCACGCCAGGUCAUGCCUAUCUAGGUAUGUGGAUGUGGAGACACGAAUGUCGGGGAUUGGAAUGAUAGAGUUAGUUAGGAAUUUGCCAGGUGCAUGUGAAAAAAAGCUAGUCUGUCUGCCAGUGCAUCCAUCGUUGAAAUAUCGAGCACCAACUGGAAUUUAU